CCACUCAGAAAAAAAUACUAAAAAGAAAAUCACAUGCUUAAACAUUAAACAAAACCCUCUCUUUUCCCAACAAAAACUCUUCAAUUUCUCCCUCUACCACUCUAUCUCUCUUUUUAGCCUGUACCACUUUAUCUCCCUCCGGCGACCACUACUUUUCCGGCGUUUUUUGUCCGGCAACAAUGUUGUUCGAUUGAAAUUGUGCUAACCCUAGUUUAUUUUAAUUCACUUCGUCUUCGUUGUUAUAUUACUCUACUUCUGCAAUUUUAGUCAGAUCUGCAACUUUGACAACUUCGACAUUGUUCAGUUGAGUUUCGAUUUUAAUCUAUACUUUCUGUUUGCCGGAGACGGAAUUGCGGGAAUCGGAUCAUUUUUUUUCCAGAAUAUUUGAAUAAUCGUUUUGAUAAGAAUUUAUUCUUAUCUUCCGACGUGUGGAUAAGCUGUCAUUGACAAAACCCUAUUUCAUCGGCAACUUUUUAUUCAUUGAUUGGUAUUUCAUCUUUUUGGUGCAAUUUUUUUCUCUAGGACAUGGCGAAUCCCAAAGGAUCUGCAAACGUCAGAAACCUGAUGCAUAAUGGCAAGAACUAUCUUCUCCCCCCUAAAAGUCCAUUCCCCUGUAUUACUCCAUCUUACACUGAAUAUGGACCCAAUGCCUCUCUGGGAUCAAAAUCUACCACAAAAUGUAGAGAUGGAAGUGCCUUUCAUCAAAGAACUUCAUCAGAGAGCCUAAUAGAGGAGCAACCCUCUUGGUUCGAUGAACUUUUAAAUGAGCCGGAUACCCCUGUACGUAAAGGUCAUCGCCGCUCAUCAAGUGACUCUUUUGCUUAUUUUGAUGCUGGCAACAUGUUGAAUGCAGAUUAUAUGUCAAUAUCACAGGAUGAGAGCAAGUUCCAAUCUGUGGCGUCUUCUCCUUUAUGGGGGUCACGAAAUCUAGAUCUUAGGAAAGAUACUCAUCAAGGAUCUCUUUAUCACGAUCCUAAAUUUUUUGGGAAACCUAAGAAUAGGCCAUUGGAACUAAAAGUAGCUCCCACAAAUUAUACUAGUGGCAUCUGUUCAUCCAGAGAUAAUGCUGUUAACCAAAGUAUGGGAGUAUCCUCUGCACCACUUGAAGUGGAUCCAAUUUCGUCUACAGGGGCUGAGAAGCAAGACCACAGUGAAUUGGGCUCUCAUGAUUUAAAAACUUCUGAGAGGAAAGAUGGUUCCCAUGCAAAAUCUCCGUCUGAAAAUGAUACAAAACGCGCUAAACAGCAAUUUGCUCAACGUUCGAGGGUUCGGAAGCUUCAGUACAUAGCAGAGCUGGAAAGAAAUGUACAGGCCCUACAGGCGGAAGGGUCUGAAGUUUCAGCUGAGCUUGAGUUUCUCAAUCAACAGAAUUUAAUCCUUAGCAUGGAGAAUAAAGCUUUGAAACAGCGUUUGGAUAACUUGGCCCAGGAGAAGCUUAUCAAAUACUUGGAGCAUGAAGUUUUGGAAAGGGAGAUGAGUCGUCUUCGAGCCCUGUAUCAACAGCAGCAGCAGCAAUCUCAUCAGCGGCCGUCAUCUAGCCACAGACGGAAAAAUAGCAGAGAUCUUGAUGCUCAGUUUGCAAAUCUCAGUUUAAAGCACAAAGAAGCUGGUACAGGUGCCGACUCUUUUAGUGGUCCAGUUCGUAUCUAAAAACUUGGGAUCGUUUGGAUUCUUUCUACGUUGUCUUGGUUGCCAUGCUGGUGAAAACUGUAAUAUCUACCACUUUGGUCCCUUUUGACAUUGAGGUUGACCUUGGCUCAGAUAACCUAAUUUCAUUUUUUCGGUUUUUUGUUUCCAUUGAAUUACGAUUGUUUGUGCACCUGGUGAGUGUCCCCGGAGUGGAAGUAAAUUCUAAAUUCCAGGUAGAUGUCUUGCCCGAGGUGGUUAACGGAAGGGUAUUUGACUCGUGAUGUAGCAAUUACUAAUUUAAGAAUAUGUUCAUCCAGUUGUUUUGGCCUUAUGGGCAUAGCAACUGUUAGAUGUGUAACCCUGCAGAAAAGCAGGAGGUGAAUAAUGGAUGUUAGUUGUGUAAGAAUAUGUAUCGCAGUUUACAUGUAAUGCUCUCCUUUUUCCUCGCCAAUGGCGCCUUGUUAUUUCAAAUGUAAAUUGUUCAACCCGUAGUCGAGUAUAUUUUCUUUUUUGAUGCAUUGUUGGAUGUCUUGUAGGUUAUCUAGCUCCCUCUUCCGUCACGCCAAGUAAUCUAUCUGAAUCAAUUGAAUACCAUGGCUAAUUUGCAAGAGUUCAUAUUAUUGUAACGAGAAUCUGAUUCAAUUGAAUAUACAGCAACUAAUUUGCAAGCGUUCAU